CCCCCAAAGGUACACCCUCGCGCUCCUUCCCAACAAAGGGAGACGUUUGAACGCUUCCACCUCCCCCGUCGUUCCUGCCACCGCGGGCGGGCAACAAAGCCAUUAUGUCUGGAGAACCGGAACCUCGCCGCUCUGUGCGCGCGACCAAAGGUCAGCAUACCAAGGCCUUCGACGACCAACCUAUCGAACCGCCCAAGAAACGAGGAAGGAAGAAGAAGCAGGAGGAGGAACCAGAGGAAGAGAUCAUACGCUGUGUCUGCGGCGCAACCGAGCAAGACGGCGACUCGGAGGAGCCUUGGAUCGCUUGCGACAAAUGCACCGCAUGGCAGCACAACGUUUGUAUGGGUAUGAGUGUCUUUACGGAAGACCUCCCUAAAAACUACUACUGCGAACAAUGUGCUCCACAAGAUCACAAGGAACUCCUGGCUCUCAUGGAGCAGGGCGAGCGCCCGUGGGAGUCACGCCGAAAGGCCUACGAGGACGAACAGAACGAGAAGAAGAAGAAAAAGAAGAAGGGCGGCAGAGCCGGAAAGCGCGCCAGCGACCCCAAGGAAGAGCUGUCGCAAGACACGAGGAGUAACAAAGCCGAGGACUCGCCCGCUCCCUCGGAGCCACCCGCCAAGGAGAAGAAGGAGAAGAAGGACGGCGCAUCCAAGGCCACUACUGGCAAGCGCAAGGCGCGAGAGGAGACUGGUGAAAAGGAAGCAAAGACGCCUGCGCCAAAGCAACGCAAAGUCUCGGAACCAGAGGCAUCCCCUACCGUCAAGUACACUGCACCAGCCGAUCUAGACGCGAAGAUCAGCGAUCUCCACGAGGAUCGUCAGGGUCCCGCCCAACUCCUGCAAAGGGCUAUAGCCGGCAUUCUCACUGCUGGUGUCAAGGACAAGACCAUCAGUCUUCCGAAAGAUACCACAGUUGCAGCUAAGGCGGAGCGCAUGGCCCUCGAGAUCGAACGCGCGGUUCACGAUGCAUACCCAGACCGGAGCCAGUAUGUGAUGCAGGCACGAAGCUUGUAUGCGAAUAUGAAGCUGAACGGCGACUUGACCAAACGCCUGUUAAAGCGCACUCUGUCGCCAACCAUGCUAGCCACAAUGUCUGCGGAUGAACUGGCUACCAAGGAAAGGCAGGAGGCCAACGCUCAGCUAAAGGCCAUCUCUGAGAAGCAGUCCAUCCUGAUUACCGAAGAUGGCCCCCGAGUGAGGAGAACGCACAAGGGCGAAGAGAUUGUUGAGAACGAUUCCUUCCACCAAAAUGACGAGGGCAGGUCUUUCAUCAGACGCCCAAGCGGCCGAGAGGCGCAGGCUGGCAUCAAGUCUGAUGGAGAACCGCAAUACGAGAACUCAGUGGAGCUUCCUGCUCACGCUGGCCUACACAUCGAUACCCGUGGAGCCCGACACUCUCCCAAGCACCCCGACUUUGACAUCAACAAGGUCUACGCAACUGUCAAAUCUCCCACGGGUACACACAACCGCCGGCCAUCGGCGCCAAACCAUGGUCCUGGUGUCGACGCAGAUGUGGAUAGACUUCUGCAGGAAGAGACGGAAUCUCCACCCUAUUCGCCAACAGACGAGACAGAUCCUGAUGUAAUUUGGCGUGGUCACUUGGUGAUGAGCUCGAUUGCCGACUUCCCGGCUGCGGCCAGGUUUGUCGGUGGCGCCAACCUCUCUACCACGAUUGCGUUGCCUUGGACUAGCCUCAUCCCAAAGAAACUCACGGUGGCCGGACGCAUAGACGAACAGAAGGCGAUAGAGUAUCUCUGCGGUUUGCGCUACGCUGACCAGACCGACAUUGUCGUCGUGGCAAUCACGCCGUCGUCUGAGGUCUAUAGACGGGAGUUCCAAGCCCUCAUUGACUACUUCGUAUCCAAAAAGCGCUAUGCUGUUGUCGGCGACAAGGGUGUGGGCAACGUGAGGGACACUUACUUGGUGCCCGUCCUUCCUGGGGAUAGCAACAUGCCGGAGUUUAUGCUUAACUUUUCGGACAACCUGGUGCCUCAGAAGAGGACGGAGCCUAUGCUACUGGCCGUCUUCGUAUAUCGCAAUACCCCCAGGCAGCCUCAACUGGGCGGUGCCGCGUCUCAGUCACCCGUCACCAAUGCUCCAACUCCCACACAAAGCGGCUUUCCUCCACGACACCCCUCGAUAUCCGGUCCGGCUUUCUCACCAACGGUUGCUCAGGGCCCCUUCCAGCAGCCGGGCCACCCUGUCGGCAACAACGGUCACGCUUUACAGGAGCACCCCACACAAGGGGCGCAUCAAAUCGUACCGCCUAACCAGCCUCCAACGGGCUAUACAGCCGCUCGCGGUUCUGAACUCGAGAACCAACAACGCCAACAACAAGGCCAGGCAUUGGCACAAGAGGUUCUGGGCCCUUUGAUUAACAGUCCUACGAUGAAGUUCCUGCUGCCUCAAGCUUACCAGAUGUCGCGGACAGAAUGGGAGGUCGUCCGGGGCAUUCUGGAGAGAGAUUUACGGGCACGGGAUGACCUGACCCAUCUAAGUCAACUCUUGGAGAAACAGCCGCCAGCUGCUAAGGGCAGUGAUGUUGCUCCUCCGGCUCCGCAAGGCGCGCAGGGGGUAGCGCCAUCGGCGUGAUCUUGGGUUGUUAUUGGAUGGGUAAACCAGAGAAGUUUGCUUGCAAAAGCGUAUAUCCUCUCAUUCGCGGUACAUAGGUAGCUGUUUAUUGGGAUUUACGUGAGGUCUUGGGACUGAGAGACGGAGAUACCGCUCCCUCAUGAGGGGGUUUUGGGCCUUUGCUAAAUAAGGGUUUACUAUGGAGUUUUCUUUCUUAGUGUGUUGAAUUAGGGGCAAUCAAAGCUAUUUUCUCGAGU